UGAAAGGCCAGUGGGGUGUGCUGCUUUUGUGCUAUGGAUAUUUCACAAAUGCCAGUUUUACUGUGUUACUUCCACAGGCAAGAAAUGCCAUCAGUGGGUUUGGGGCUUUGACUAGUGUUCAGUAAUUCAGUUUAACAGGAUCUGGACCACACUGGGCUGCAGUCCCUUUGUAAUGUACUACAACGCGUGUACCUGCAACACACUGAGCUAAUAUUUAGAGGUAAAGCUCCAAAUCUGUCCUUUGCACUGUAAUAGAGUAUUCAUAGAAAGUGGGCCUCAUAAAACACUUGAUGGUUGGAAAUCACUAGUCUAGAAGGAUAUGCAAGAUUCAACGUUAAGUCUCUCAAAUCACACAAGUUUACCUCAAAGACAUUUUUACAACGCCUUUGGAGAACUCUUUUGAACUUGCUCUCAUUGAAUACCCAAUCCUGGCCUAAAGUACAGUGUAAUGAUGCUUAUAUAUCGCUCCACUGGCUCUGCAAGCCCACUUGAGCCAGUUUUGUACAACACUUCAGCUCCUGGGUGGGAGCCGCCGCCGCAGCAGCGUCAGGCAGCCCUUCAGCACCACUCAGCUCCACGGCACCCGGCUGAAGGGUUUCCGUCAGGGAGACAUGGGAAGUACUCCAGAGAUUUUGCAAGUGGGGAAACCACCUGAGCUCAGCCCCGUGGUCUCCAGCCAAGUGGGAGCAGGAGGUUAAGGGCCUGCAAUUAAGACGGAGAGAUCUUCAUUUAGAGCUCGAGGGUGGCAAAAUGGCAGCUGCUCCUACAGGCCCUGCUGUGCUCUCCCUGUGAGGGGACGGGCUCUUUGCUGAGCACUGGGCACCCCAUGCACAGACGGGGAAAGCUCUGCUGGUCCACCCACUUCAGGGCUUUGUGCCUCCUGAAGAUUUAGAGGUUCGCUCGGCACCGUGCGAGGCCUUAGGGCUGCGGGGAAACCACGGACGGCAGCACAGAGGAGCGUGGUGGGGCCGGGCAAAGCCGAGCGAAGGAGCGCAGCGGUGGCAGUGACCCGAGUGCGGGCGGGGGCUCCUGUCCCCCAGAGCGGUGCCUGUCUCCUCAGGAGGGUGAACAACACGGGCCCUGCUCACAGAGUGUGUGAGGGCAGAGGAGGAGGAGGAGGAGGAGGGAGCCCGGCAGGCCCCUGCCCAUGGCAGCGCUGGCCGGGGCAGUGGUGCUGCCGGGGCAGGGACAGGCCGUGGUGCACAGCGUGUCCCAGGGCAUGGCUCUCACCCUGCGGGAAGGGAUCUGCGUGUUCUAUGACCUAGAGCUGGCACAGAUUCAUGUUCUGCAAGAGGAAGGGCAAGAAAAGAGUUCAGAAAGCAAGGCAACUGAGAAACCAGUAGACAUGCUCCGGAUGGAGAUUGACAGAGAUAAUGAUGCCAUUGCGUUUGAAAAUAACAUCCAGCAGCUGAGCCCAUCUGAAGAGGGGGAAGGAAAGAAACUUUUUUCCACAGUUGGGGAAAAAAAGAGCCAAAGCUGCAAAGCCAGUGAAAAUUUGUCAGAGUUGUGUAAUGAAAGUAAAGAGCAGGAAUAUGCAACUGCAUCAGAACAAACAGUUGUAAAAAAUUCCAAGAAUCUAAAAUUUCAGGCUUGUGCACCGCGUCAGAAAAAAGGAGAAAAAGAAGGUUUCAGCUGUUGUUUCUGUUCAUUCACCUCAGCCAGAUUGUCAAAUCUGAAGCGUCACUUGAAAACCCAUUCUGAUGAGAAACGUUACUUGUGUCACCUCUGCCCGAAGGCUUUUCGUACAGCAACUCUCCUGCACAACCAUGUGAACACACAUACAGGGACCAAACCCUACAAGUGCAGUGACUGUGAUACAGCAUUUGUGACCAGGGGUGAGCUUUCACGACACAGGAGGUACAAACACACCUUAGAAAAACCUUUCAAGUGCACGAUAUGUGAAUACUCCAGUGUAGAAGCCAGCAAAAUGAGACGACACAUUCGUUCCCACACAGGAGAGCGUCCCUAUCCCUGUGACCUUUGCAGUUAUGCCAGCAAAGAUGCCUAUAAACUGAAAAGGCACAUGUUAACUCAUACAGGGGAAAAACGCUACGAAUGUUGUGUUUGCCGGGCCAGAUUCACUCAAAGCGGUACCAUGAAAAUCCACAUGUUACAGAAGCACAGAGAAAACGUCCCAAAACACCAGUGUCCACACUGCAGCACCCUUAUUUCCCGAAAAAGUGAUUUGGGUGUCCACUUGCGAAAUCUUCACUCCUACAUGGAGGAGGCCAUUAAGUGCAGUGCCUGCGAGGCAGUUUUUCACGAACGCUACGCUUUCCUUCAGCACAAGAAGACUCACAGAGGAGGAAAAGGAUUCAAAUGUGCUCAGUGCAGCUACACGUGUAAUCAGAAAAAUAUGCGUAAGCAUGCUGAAAAUUGUGGAUUGGGGAGGACAGAAACUGCUGCACCCAGAAAAAGAAGCAAGGAGAAAAAUAAAAUUCAGGAGAACCCCAAGCGUGUUAAGUCAGAAGGUAAUCAGCAAUGCCUAAGGAAUGCAGGAGCGUGUGGAGGUGCUGCCGGCUCCGUCCUGCCAGGAGAGCAGCCCAGGAGGGACCUGCUGUUCCUGCCGGGCUCCCCUCGCCUGGCAGAUGCAGGCUGGCUGCAGGAGGUCACUGUGGGCAGCCAGGCUGCCCUAAUGUGGGGUUUUCUCCUUCUCAGGAGCAGCUGAUUGAGUCGAAACAAUACUCUGCUUUCCCCAUUUGAUGAUGAAGACUGACAGUUUGUAGGAGAUGAGUCAAAGGUCACUGAUGAGAAGAUCCAUCCAGAUAAUUGCUGUAAUUGCACCCUGAGGAUGCAGCUCCCGUCACAAAGCAUCAGGCAGUGACUCUGUUGGUAAAUAUAUACUUGGAAGUGAACUUCAUCCCGUGCUUUAAAUCAGGAAAGUUCCUUCAUGAGAUAUAAAUGGAGAAAGUUCUCUUUUUUUCUUAAUCCAGCCAUGUUUUCUCCUGUUGGCAGAUGAACGGGAAAUAGCCCCAUUCUGAAACAGAGGAGUAAUUGUGAUUUAUACAUAAAAUUGCCAUUUAGUGUUAAAUCCUUUGAUGAAUACACAAGCUGUUGUUACUUCACAACAAAUAUCAAUAAGCAGCAUGAAUGAAUGAAUAUACAUAAUUCAUAAUAUUUUACUUGAAAGUGAAUCUUUUUCUUACAGUGAUUGAUUCAUUUUUUUAUGUUUGUCCAGUGACUUCUUUACAACUUAAUAUAAAAAGCUUUUCUGAUGGAGAGUGAACAGUAACAGAUACAAGCAGCAGGCCUGCCACAAAAUUAGCUCUUUAUUCCACCCCUUCACAAGGCCCAGAAAUCAGCAAUGCUAAAAUAUUAGGAUGAGAAUUCAUAGUGGGGAAUCAGAAGCAAUGAAAGGAUGUAAAAUUUCUCAGAUUACCAGUACUUGCUGUUAAAUUAAAACUCAACUAUUCUGACGUAAAACUCAAAAUUAAGAGCCUUAUAACAGCUAGGUAGCAAUUUUAGAUAUUGGGGCCCUAGCUUCUUAAACUUGUAGAUGAGAGGAAGGUGAAACCAUUUGGAUUUCCUAGAAAACAUAAGGAGUUUGAGGUUAUUUAUACGUCUGAAAAUGCAAUAAAAUAUAAAUAUAACUUUCAGAAGCAUCAGUGGCUUGGUCUGUGCAGGGUUGGGUGGUGCUGUGGUACCCAGUGGUGUUUCCAGGUGAACAAAAUCUUGUGUACUCUGGCCUGUUUGUGAGUGCACUGGGUGUGAAAGCAACUACCCUCUAUUUAAUGGGUGUAGGCAAAGCUGUUUCAUGUGAUGUCCACUGAAAUCAUUGAUCAAAGAUUAAUUUUUAAUUUUCAGAAUUCAAGCUGUUCUGUGGCUGUUUACAAAACCAGAAAAACUCCCUCUAAGAUUUUGCGAUAAUGACAUUCAUGAUCAAAUCCUUAUUUUUGGAAACUGAAUUUUUUUGUUGUUUUUCAAGUGCUCUGACUUGAGAAAAUAUAUCUUCCCUAAACACAUGUGUACUCUUGCUUAAUUAAGAAGUAAUUUACGUAAGUCCUUGUGCUGCAUGAUAUAGAGACCAUUAGCAAGGAAGUGAGGAAGUGAUGAAAUUUGUUCCCUUCUAGCCCACGCUCCCUGGGACACUCAUCUAGCCUGGGAAUCAGCACAAGCAG